AUGUCUGCCGCCUCCCUCGACUACGCCCGCCCCGUCUCCGAGCUGCUCCGCGUCGGGACGUCCGGCGCCCACGCGCAGCUCGAGAAGAGCGCCGGCGCCGGCUACCUCGUCCGCGGCGAGCUCGACCAGGACGAGUAUGUCCGCUUUCUGAUGAUGCUCUGGCACGUGUACGACGCCCUGGAAAGUGCCCUGGCGGAGCACGCCGCCGACCCCGUCCUCGCCCCGUCCUACAACCCGGCCGUCCUCUCCCGCACCGCCGCCCUCGCCGCCGACAUCGCCCACUUCCUCGACGUCCCCGCCUCCCAGUGGCAGUCCCACCCCCUCCACACCGCCCUCUCCCCCGCCCACCGCGCCGCCCUCGCCGCCUACACCGCCCGCCUCCACACCGUCGCCCACUCCCACCCCGCCCUGCUCCUCGCCCACGCCUACGUGCGCUACCUCGGCGACCUCAGCGGCGGCCAGACCAUCAAGCGCCGCCUCGCCAAGGCGUACGGCCUCGACCCCGCCGACCGCCCCGGCGUCCAGUUCUACGCCUUCCACCAGCCGGCCAGCAGCGCCGCCCCCGGCACCCAGGGCGACCUCAAGCGCCUCAAGGAGUGGUUCCGCGCGGGCAUGGACAGCGGCGUCGGCGACGACGCCCAGCUCAAGGCGGCCAUGCUCGACGAGGCCAACAUCGCCUUCGCCCUCAACGCCGGCCUCUUCGACGCGCUGCGCGCCCCCGCGAACGGCAAGCCCGCGCUGCACCUCCGCCCGUCCUCGCCCGUCCUCGGCGACCCCACCACGCCCGUCUCCCCCUCCACCCCGAGCGACGACGACCGCCGCUGGGUGACGAACAUCCCCCCGCCGAAGCCCCUCAUGGACGUCGGCGACGCCAAGAACAGCAUGUACUCCGCCACCAGCGUCGUCACCUUCAUCGUCGCCGCCGGCCUCGCCCACUUUAUCAUCGUCGUCGGCGGGCUCAGCGGCCAGAGGGGGUACGAUAAGCUCCAGAACGUGCUCGCCUGGUUGGGCGUCAGCGUUUGA